UGGCGUGGGCGCUGGAGCUGCGGGGCGCGCGGGCGGACUUCGCCCUGGAGCACGAGGUGCGCUCCAGCUUCCUCCACAAGCGGCUGCGCAGCCAGGAGCGGCGGGAGAUGCAGCGGGAGAUCCUCUCCAUCCUGGGCUUGCCCCACCGGCCCCGGCCCCACCUCAACGGCAAGCACAACUCGGCGCCCAUGUUCAUGCUGGACCUCUACAACGCCAUGUCCGGGGAGGAGGACGGCGGGGGGGACGCCGUCGAGGGCUUCUCCUACCCCUACAAGCCCCUCUUCAGCACCCAGGGCCCGCCCCUGGCCAGCCUGCAGGACAGCAACUUCCUCACCGAGGCCGACAUGGUCAUGAGCUUCGUCAACCUGGUGGAGCACGACCGGGAGUUCUUUCACCAACGCAGCCAUCAUCGGGAGUUCCGCUUUGACCUCUCCAGGAUUCCUGAGGGUGAAGCAGUAACAGCUGCUGAGUUUCGGAUUUACAAGGACUACAUCAGGGAACGCUUUGAUAACGAAACAUUCCAGAUUAGUGUCUACCAGGUUCUCCAAGAACACCCAGGAAGGGAUUCGGAUUUGUUCCUGCUUGACACUCGAACAAUUUGGGCCGUGGAAAAAGGUUGGCUGGUGUUUGAUAUCACGGCAACUAGUAACCACUGGGUGGUAAACCCACAACACAAUCUCGGCUUGCAGCUUUCAGUGGAGAGCAUAGAUGGACAAAGCAUCAAUCCCAAACUAGCUGGCCUUAUUGGAAGGCAAGGCCCGCAAAACAAGCAGCCGUUCACCGUCGUCUUUUUCAAAGCUACUGAGGUGCAUCUCCGUAGUAUUCGGUCUGCAGGAGGCAAACCCCGAAACCAGAAAUCGAAAGCACCAAAGAACCAAGAAGCCUUUCGGGGGUCAAAUAUUGGAGAGAACAGCAGUAGUGAUCAGAGGCAAGCUUGCAAGAAACACGAGCUCUAUGUCAGUUUCAGGGAUCUUGGCUGGCAGGACUGGAUAAUUGCUCCAGAAGGCUACGCUGCAUACUAUUGCGAAGGAGAAUGUGCCUUUCCAUUGAACUCUUACAUGAAUGCAACAAACCAUGCUAUUGUGCAAACACUGGUUCACUUUAUAAAUCCAGACACUGUGCCGAAGCCCUGCUGUGCCCCGACGCAGCUCAACGCCAUCUCCGUCCUCUACUUUGACGACAGCUCCAAUGUCAUCUUGAAGAAAUACCGGAACAUGGUGGUGCGGGCCUGCGGCUGCCAUUAGGCAUACUGGACCGGAGAGCUCCA